AUGGCUUCCGUUGCUCGGUCCGCAUCUCGCGCUUUCUUGCGCUCAAGCCCGGCCUCUUCAUUCCGCCCGGCGGCACGCUCUGCUCGAUUCAUUGCCCCCGCUCAGGGCUUCCGUACCACUGCUCGUCGUGGAUACGCCUCUGAAGCCGGCGGCAAGUCUUCGUCCUCUGGCGGUAUCUGGGCUCUGGCCUUUGCUGUUGCCGGUGGUGCUGGUGCUUACUUCUACCUGAACGGCGAGAGCAAGCCCUUCGUCCCCACCCAGGCCGACUACCAGAAGGUGUAUGACGAGAUCGCCCGCAAGCUGGCUGAUGAGACCGACUAUGAUGACGGCAGCUAUGGACCUGUCCUCGUCCGUCUCGCCUGGCACGCCAGCGGCACCUAUGACAAGGCGACCGGCACCGGUGGCAGCAACGGUGCCACCAUGCGUUUCGCUCCCGAGUCCGACCACGGCGCCAACGCCGGUCUGAAGAUCGCCCGGGACUUCCUCGAGCCCGUCAAGGCCAAGUUCCCCUGGAUCACCUACUCGGAUCUGUGGACUUUGGCCGGUGCCGCCUCCAUCCAGGAGCUGGGUGGCCCCGUCAUCCCCUGGAGACCCGGCCGUGAGGACAAGGACGUCGCCGCGUGCACUCCGGACGGCCGUCUGCCCGACGCCGCCAAGGACCAGCGUCACAUCCGCGACGUCUUCUCCCGCAUGGGCUUCGAUGACCGCGAGAUGGUUGCUCUGAUCGGUGCCCACGCCCUGGGCCGCGCGCACACUGACCGCUCCGGCUUCGACGGUCCCUGGGACUUCAGCCCUACCGUCUUCAGCAACGAGUUCUUCCGUCUGCUCGUUGAGGAGAAGUGGAACAACCGCAAGUGGAAUGGUCCUGCCCAGUUCACUGACAAGUCCACCUCCACCCUGAUGAUGCUGCCGACUGAUAUUGCCCUGAUCAAGGACAAGAACUUCAAGUCGCACGUUGAGCGUUAUGCCAAGGACAAUGAUGCUUUCUUCAAGGAGUUCUCUGACGUCUUCGUCAAGCUUCUGGAGCUGGGUGUUCCCUUCAAGUCUGAGGAGCGCUACAGCUUCAAGACCUCUGAGUAA